AUGGCUAAUACCAUCAGUGGAGAAUGGAUUGUUGUGGGUGAUCUUAAUCUUACUCUGAAUGCAUGGGAGAAGAAAAGUGUUGGGUGUUUCAAUAGUUCUGAAGCUGAAAAAAUUAAACAAAUAUUACAUAUUGCGAGUCUUGAAGACUUAGGGUGUGUGGGGUACAAGUUCACAUGGUCCAACAGAAGAGAGGAUACCGGGUUGACUGAAGCGAGACUGGAUAGAGGCUUGGAGAAUGCGAUUUUUUUUGGUCAACAUAAGAAUGCAAGUAUUAAACACAUGGUAGCGUCAUGUUUGGAUAUCAUAACUACCACAUGGAAAAAGCCUGUUACAUGGAGCAAUGCCUACAGAAUUGUCCAGAAACUAAGCACAAGAAAGAAAAAAAAUCGGAUAUGGAACAAACAUUCUUUUGGUGACAUCAGAUUUAACAUUAAUAAAUCCAAAUUCAACCUUAAAAAAGCCAUCUCAAACCCUAUCACCAAUAAUAGGUCAGAGAUUAAACAAUGUGAAGAAAAUUUGUCUAAGUGGUACAAGGUGGAAGAGAAAUUCUGGAAGGACAAAAGUGGGGAACAAGAAAUUCAGUUGGGGGAUAGAAAUACUCAUUACUUUUACAAGAAAACUCAGAAAAGAUGGCGAAGAAAUAGAAUUGAAGCAAUAAAGGAUAACCAAGGCAAUUGGGUUGAAGGUAAAGAAAGAAUAUCAUCCGUAAUCACAGAUCACUUCAGUAAGGUUGCUUCUACCUCGAAUCCCAGUCCCUGCGACAAUUAUCUGAACAUGGUACAUGAAGUUCUAAACCAAGAUGACAAUGACAUGCUCACUCAACCUCCAAACUUGGAGGAACUAAGGAAGGUAGUAUUCUCCAUGAAAUCUGAUUCGUCCCUAGGCUGGAUGGUUUCACUCCUAGAUUCUUUCAAAAGAACUGGAAGUUGGUUAAAAAUGAUAUGUUUAACAUGGUAA